GCGAGGACCCAGCGCGGUGGAGAAACAUCAGGCGCGCCCUGGAGCGGCUGUCCGCGCGGAGCCGGGAGGCCGCCGGGGCCGCGGAGCCGAGUGGCGCAGGGGGGGCCGCGGCCGCGCCGCAGAAGGCUGUGGAGGCGGUGCUUGAGGCGCUGAGCGAGGUCCGCGCGGCUGGGGCCGCCGAGGCCCAGGGUGCUCUCGGAGCGCUGCGCCUCGCCGCGGGGCGGUGCGAGGCCGCGGGGCUGCCUGCCCCCGGAGAGCUGCUGCCGAGGGUCCUCGGGCUCGCGGCCGGCCUGGUCGCCGAGCUGCCCGAGCUGUUCCCGGACGGCCUGCAGCUCCUGACGCAGGCGCGCGGCAGUGGCCAGGUCUUUUUGUCGCGGCGCCGCUGCGCCGCACUGCUGUCCGCCGGCCUGCUCCGCGCUCUGCCGCAGCCGCAGGGCCCCGAACUGCCCGACUUCUCGUUCGACUACGUCCUCGACUACGACGAGGAGAAGGUGCUGUGCUUGCUGAGCUACCUCUGGCAGGUGGGUCGCGCCGAUGCCGGCGCCCUGGACGAGGUCGUGUCGUUCGCGCGCAGGAGUGGCGGCAAGAUGCCCGAGAAGUUCUGGCAGCAGCUGGACAAGCCGCUGCUGGCGGCGCGGGUGGAGGACGGCGUGAUCGAGGAUUCCGACGGGAGCCUGCAGGCAGAUUUCGCCAACGCGUACCUCGGCGGAGGCGUGCUUAUCGGCGGGAACGUGCAGGAGGAGAUCCGCUUCUCGGUCUGCCCGGAGUGCCUAGUGGGCCUGCUGUUCUGUGAGAGGAUGGGCCCCGAGGAGGCGAUCACCAUCGUGGGGGCGCAGCAGUACAGCAAUUACAGCGGGUACGGCGGGAGCUUCGCAUUUGCCGGCCCGUGCACCGCCAAGAGAGGCGGCCCAGCGGACGGGAAGAAGCGGCUGGGGCCGCACAUCGUCGCCCUGGAUGCGCUCGAAUUCCCCGGGGGCAGCCAGUACGAGCCCCCCCUCGUGCUUCGAGAACUCACGAAGGCGUACACGGCGUGCCUGGGGGAUUUCGAGGAGGGCGCCGGCGUGCGCCGCGAGGCCUUCGCCACUGGCAACUGGGGCUGCGGGGUCUUCGGCGGGGACCCUCAGCUGAAGUCCAUGAUCCAGUGGCUGGCGGCUUCGGCGGCGGACCGCCAGCUCGUCUACUUCCCGUGCCCACCAGUCGGUGAAAGGUACGGGGACCGCCGCGUCGACGACCUGCCGGCGGUCAUCCAGGCAGUGCAGAAGAAAUAUUCCCGGUGUUCCGAGCUCUACAACUUGCUGCGCAGCUGCUGCUCGAAGCACAGCAAAGGCGCCCUGUCGAAGAGGAGUAUCGAUACUGCGAAUCAUGAGAAGAUGGCCGUGGCUGCCGCGGAGCUGCAGCCGGCCCCGGCGGCGGAGGCCGGCGGCGCCUGGCCCGCCCCGCCCGAGGCCCGCGGGCCGCCGCUGGAGCCGGCGGCGCCCGGCGGCGCGGCGCCGCCGCGGCGUUGGGCCGCGGCGGAGCCGGCCGCCGCCGCGGCGGCCGCGCCGUGGGCCUCGCCGCCCACGGCGGCGGGCGGGACGGGCGGCGGGCACCCCGCGCAGGCGGAGGCCCGCGGGCUGGCGCCCGCGGAGACCGGCGCCGGGGCCAGGGCGCCCAGCCUCGCCCUCGGGGUGGCCAGCGGCGCGACGGACCACGCCUGGGUCUUCUCCCCCGCGCUGGUCGGGUGCGCCUCGCCGCCGGGCGGUCCCGGCGCGCCGCCCCGGCCUCCGGCGGACGGCGAGCUGGAGGCCUUCCUGCGGGCGAACCGCCGGCACGUGACGGCGGAGGCGGAGCAGCUGCUGCGUUCGCUCAGCUCGAAGAAGAGCUUGACCGUGUCGUUGCCAGAGGUCCGAGGGCGCACCUGGGCGAUUGUCUCGCUGGCGCUGUUGGAAGAAUGGGGUCUGCCGGACUGGCCCGCCUGGAUCGGCGCUGCAAGGGGGGAGUCCGCCCUCCCGGCGUACAAAGUACACAUCCGGGACACCCUCAAGGCCAGAUGCAGCGCAGCCCUACGGGGCCUCGACAACUGCCGGGACGUCGUGGGCGUCAUCCGCUCCCGCCUGCAGCGGCAGCCCACGGCGCCAGCGGCCCCUGCUGGAGCAGUCGGCCCGCGAGUGGUCGGAGGGCCCCCGGGGAGCCCGUGGGAGUCCUACGCGCGGCCGGGCGGCGACCGGGGGCCGCUGCUGGGGCCUGCGGGCGAGGAGCUCGAGGGGCUCCUGCAGGCGAACCGGCGGCACAUCUCGCCCGAGGCGGAGCAGCUGCUGCGCUCACUGAGCGCGGAGGAGGUUCGGCGCGUCGCCGCGGGAGGCGACCUGGCGAACUGCCGCGACGUCAUGGCCGUCAUCCGCUCCAGGGUGCAGCGGCCAGCGGCCCGCGCCGGCAUUCCUUCUGGGGGCCUGCGGCACGAUCCUCCCGAGGAGCUGAUGCCCUUCCUGCAGCUGAACCAGCGGUACCUCUCGCCGGAGGUGGAGGAUUUGCUGCGCUCCUUUAGCAGCGAGGAGCUCGCGCGCGUGGUGGCGGGGGGGGACCUGGCGAACUGCCGGGACGUGAUGGCCGUCGUGUGCGCGCGGGCGGGGCGGCGACCGCCUGGGCCCAGGGACGCCCCGCCCGACAGCGACGAGAAGUUCGCCAGCUUCUUGGAGAGGUUCCGGGCGCACAAGGACGGCACCCUCAGCUUCUCCGAGGUCGCGGGCCUCGGCCCAGACGCUGGCGCUGGGGCGCUCGGCGCGCUUCCCUCUGGGACGGACUUGUGGGGGCGCUGGAAGGAGCUUUCCGAGGAGCGCGCCGGGGUGCCGAUCGCGCCGCCGUCGGAUGCCCGCAUGCAGACCUCCGGGGGCACGCCGCCCGCGCCGCAGCUGCGCACGGGGCACAUCCCCGUGCUCCUGGAGGAGACGCUACAGGCGCUGCUGGCUCCCGGGCUGCCCGGCACGUACGUGGACGGCACCCGGGGGGCCCGAGAUGCCAUAAUCAUGGUUUCUCCUGGG